AUGAAAGAUCUUGGCAAGAUCUUGACAAGAAUUUCAGACAAUCUUGGCAAGAUUUUGGCAAGUAUGGCAAGAUUGAAUAAUCUUGGCAAGAUAUUGGUAAUAUCUUGGCAAGAUCUUGCCAAGAUUAGUGUCUUGCCAAGACCUUGCCAUGACCUUCCAAGAUCAUGCAAGAUCUUACAAGAUCUUGCCAAGAUCUUCAACCUGGGAUGAUAUAGGCUUAACUUCUCUCCAUCCGGAAAAGGAAGAAGCGAAACAUGUCAAUAAAAAUGAGCUGAUUUAUACCUUUUUGUUAUUAAUGCUAAUUCACAAAAAGAAGGAAGACAUAGCCACAUCCUUUCUAUAGGUGAAGCCGGACAAACAGUGGUGUAAUGAAGAAAGACAGGGCCCUUAUUAUAUAGUGUAUUAUUUAAUACAUGUGUGUUAAGCUAGAUGAAACCAAAUUACACUGUCUAAUACCAAAUAGAGUAUAUACAAUAGUUAACAAAUAUACAACUAUAACUAAACAACAUUUGGCAAGGCUAGAUACCUAUUGACACCUAGGACAGUACAUAGUCAUGAGAUCACAAAACAUACAGCUUUACUGAGGUCACAGUAAAUAUGUGUGUUAAGCAUUAAAAGGGUCCUGAAGGGGGGGAGGGGUCCCAAUCCCAUUUCCCACCUGAAAUUUUGGCAAAAUCCCAGUCCCAGUUGGAUUUUUAUUAGAAAUCCCAGUCCGAGUUAUUGAAAUCCCAGUCAAUAAAAAACCCUUUAUUUAUCGGUAGAAUAAACAGUUUUAAGACCUUUUAAUUAAGCCACCAUGCGUGCAAGUGGCGGACACUUUAUGAAAUAUUGGGGGGGGGGGCUCAUGCCGAAGGCACGGAAAAUUUUUAAAAUUUGAAUCCCGGAAAUGGCAUUUGCAGUAUUCUGAGACCAGCCUGAUCGAGACACACAUAAUCAGAAAACCCAGAAUUCCGGGCUUCAGGGUAUGCCUGUUCGCAGGUAGUGCUGUGAAUAAUAUAGUUAACAACAAAAAUCAUGACCAAAGACACCAAAAACGGAUCAAAAUUGGGAAUCGACUCGCAUUACUUCAAUCCCAUUCCCAGUUUUGAGGACUUCAUUUCCCAUUCCCAGUGGCCAAAUCCCAGUCCCAACAACCCAAAUCCCAUUUUCCCAGUCUAAAAAUAGGUCAAUCCCAGUUCCCAUUUUACCCCUUCAGGGCCCUCCAUUAAGUAAGGAAAGAAAGAGGGGUUUGGAUCCUUCCAACUGAGAGGAUGCUCGCAUAUGCAUUGUUCAGAAUUUCCCCCUGACAGUAUAUAGACCAUGCAGCAACACUGUGAUAUAUAUUCAACUAUAUGUGCCCUCAACAUACACCCCCAACCUUAUUGAGUGAAAAUUAUUGAUGACUAAAUAGGCUGAAAAGUUUGGUAAUUCAUUUGUUCUUGAAAGCAAACUGAGUGAAGAUGUGAAAAAAGGCAUCAGUCAAGAGGUGAGUGAUCACAUGAUUUCGUUGAUUCUAUAGAUUUCAAGCAUUGACACAUCUCAUAUGAUAUAACACUUAUUAUUUUAAUAUUAUAUGAAACAUAUAGGUUGCAGGUGCCCCAUGGUGGCUGCCAGUCGAUGGAGCAACUUGGAAACACCCAGAAGGCCCAGGAUCAAAUAUAAGAACAAGGUAGGCCUACCAUAAAUUGUGAGAAUUCCAAUAAAUUUAGUGAUGCAUGCAUGCAUGGUUUCAAUUUUAAUCUUUUGCCAGGGGAUUAUGCUUUCAUGUAUGCAUCCAUAUAUUUGUUUGUGUAUUUGUUUAUCUGUGUUGUUUGUUUACUUAUUUGUUUGUAUGUCAGUUGUUGCGUAUGUCAGUUGUUGCGUAUGGCAGUGGGCCCAAAGGCUGGGGACAGAUCAAAUUGAGAUGAAUAAAUUGCGUAAUUUUCGGAGAAAAAAACUGGAUGAAACAAUUUGAUUUUAAAAUUUUGUUUAGACAACUAGACUAAGUACGUUUCGUUGCAGCAUCCGGCCUCAAAGCAACAUGAACGUACAUUACUGUAUGUCUAUACUAUAGUAUAUCCCGGAUUCCCGAAAUGUUGGUUGCUACGUGCAUGCAAGAUUCCCCUACGUUUAGGUUUUGAUGCAUAUGUAUUACCCCAUACCGUUAAAGCAUAUCUUACAUAUGGAUAAAUCAAUGUAUAGUAUAAUUGUUGAAGUAUUUCUGUGCCAACAAAGUAGCGAAUGUUUGAGAUAAUACCAAUACAGCGGUUUAAUUUUUUUUGCCAAAUGUGAAAUAUGAUAUUUCCAGCUUAAGUUUGAAUCGAGUAGAAUUCCUAAAUACUUAUAUACUUCUCUUGUUUAAUUCGGUUAUUUCUGAUCAAUAAUGAAAUCUCAUAGUUGGGUAUCCGCUGGGUUGGAUGAAAAAGCACAAAAUUUGUUUUAUCAAUAUUUAGGGAUAAUUUAUUAGCUGCCAGUCAAUCAAUGACUUUUUUCAGAUUUUCAUUUAUUAUUGAUUCCAGGUUAACAAGGCUUGCAUUAGCAUAGAAAAGAAUAGUAUCAUCUGCAAAUAUAUUAAAUUCAAAAGCCUUGCUACAAUUAUGAAAAUCGUUAAUAUAGGCUACAAUAAAAAAAGCAGUGGACCAAGAACAGAUCCUUGAGGAACCCCGCAUGUAAUUUCAGAUUCAUCAGAUUGAAUAUUGCCUAUUGAAACAAAUUGACAUAGCGCAUAUAAUUUUUCAAGAAGGAUUGCAUGAUUUACGGUAUCAAAUGCUUUAGAAAAAUCCAAAAAUAUUCCGCAGGCAUACCAUCUUUUUUCAAUUGCCUGUUGAAUACUAUCAGUUAUAGAAAGAGCUAAUUGUACUGUUGAACGCUUAGAACGAAACCCAAAUUGCUUAUUAUAUAGCAAUUUGUUCGAAUCAAUAAAACUUACAUUAGCUACUUCGGAAUUACAUUAGCUAUUUUAAACUGAUCAGGAACAAGACCAGUUGAGAAAGAAAUAUUGUAUAUUAUUUGAAGAGGAGUCGAUAAGCUUGACCUGACCUGGCUAUUUUUAGCAAAUCAAUUGGAAUACUAAAAGGACCUGUUGCUUUAGACGACUUGAGUUUGCUAAUUUCCAUCUCAAUUUCAUGUUUUGUGGUGGCAUACAUAAAAAAGCUAUUUAUCACAGACUCCCCCAUAGUACUGGAUGGUGUUGUAUUAGUAAUAGGUAUAGUAUCAGCUAAAUUCUUACCAACAUUUGAGAAAUGAUCAUUAAAAGCCUGACAUAUAUCUCUAGUAUUUGUUAUCAGUAGUGAAAGACCCCACUCUGGCGGAAUUUAUAAUCAGCUUGCAAAAUCUAUGACGUCACUUUGUUCAGCUAACAAUCUGGCGGAAUUUAAAAUGAGCUUGCAAAAUCUAUGACGUCACUUUGCUGGGCAAGCCUAGGCCAAAUGUGACAGGUAGCGCGACCAAUUAGCGCGGGCAAACCUGGGCCAAAUAUGACAGAUAACGCGAUCAAUUAGCAUCACAAUACAGUAACGCGAUCAAUUAGCGGCGCAACACAGUAACGCGAUCAAUUAGCGGCACAACACAGUAACGCGACCAAACAAAGUAAAGGUAUCAGAGAUUAUAAAUAUCGUGUUUCGAACACACAAUUCAUUUCUCACUGUUGCAUUUUGGCAAGUGUUCUCUGGUUUUCUCUAGUUUUCAAGUGUUGUCUGGUUCUCAAGUGUUCUCUGCUUUAGAUUGCGUUGGAUUGUUUUUAAAAUGGCUAAUUCGGUAAGUAAACGUAACGUUUUCAAUAUAAGCUUAUGAUAUUUUCAGAUUUAUGGGCUGCAUUUCUGACUAAUUUAUUUUCUAGAUUAAUAUGUUGGAUCUGAUCAAGGCUUGUGAGACCGAAAGUGUGCACUUUCUCCAGGAGUCUUUUAUGCUCACUGAUGAGCAAAAGGAAGCUGUUCUUCAACAGCGCAUUAUUUUCUGGACGAACACGAUGGCCGAAGAUAUUGCACGGGAGAAUCCAGUUGGAGUUGUUGAUGGCUUCAUGGAUAAUUGGACGUAUGAUCAACGGCGCCAGUUUAACGAAGACUGGGAAAACGACGAAGGUUUGUGCGAGCCCGAACAGUCAGAAAACCAAAUGGGUGAAGGGAACAAGCGAAAGCACGCCAGUGAUGACAUCCCCUUAAAACGCCAAAGACCAGAGGAGUAUUUCACUAUUAAAUCGGUGAAACAAGUCAACGUGAGGAAAUUCAGGGCGACAGGUACACAUUAAACUGUUUUUAUAUUUUUAGGCGUGUAUUUUUAAGCGUAACAUCAGGUACGUGUGGGAUAUAGAUUGUUUUAUUAUAGGAAACGUGUUUAUUGCUUGUGUGUACAUCUGGUCGCACAAAGAAUUGCUAUCCAACGCAUUAUUCGCAAGCUUUUUAUAAAUGGCCAUAACUCUCAAAUGAAGCUUUAGUAUUUACAAGGCUUAUGAUUGGAAUUGUAGCUAAAUUUUUCAAGUAUAGCACUAUCUAGCCUGAGUGUCAGUUAUUCGUCUGACACUCAGGCACUAUCCGGAAAAUACCGAUGUUCGUACAACCGGCCCCCGGCUUUUUUAGGUAUCCUUUUCUGGCAAAUUGUUCUAUAUUGCCGGGUAAUAAUGUUACAGUAAUCUAUACACUGAUUAUGCUCAAUUAUUGAUAGCUAUUUAAAGCCAUUUUCAUGAAAUUUCGAGUCUUUCUGAUUGCUAUUACUUGGUUAGUACAAUAAUGUAUUACGGUUUUUAGGUACAGACUACACUGUCCAAUUCAACCGGUUGGACGUGCACGGGGUGUCAAACGUCAUGUCGACGUUGAACCGCGCAUUUCAAUACUUAUUGACCGACUCACGACUGAUAUGACUCCUCACGAUCAAGUUCACUUGAUCCUAAACUCGCAUCAGCUGGACAAGUCCAUUUCCUUGCCUUUCCUUUCCUACAACGCGAUCGUCUAACCCAAGAACGUUUCCUGGCUGCUGUUGAACGUGUCGUGCAAUCCAAUGAUCAAUUUACUUUGGACGAUUCUGUCAGCGUCAACGUGGUCCAUGUCGAAAUGCCUAACGGUGCAGGUAGAAAACGACGUGAUGUUGUAAACCUCGAAAGUUUUCUCAGAAAAAAGGACUGUAUCGUUCAAAUCAAAAACAAAGAUGAUCUCUGUUGUGCCCGCGCGAUCAUAGUGGCCAAAGCAAAGCUGGACAAAGAUCCAAAGUAUAAGAGUAUUGUUGAUCACCGUGGAAAAGUACAAGGUCGUUUAGCUCGAGAACUCCAUGAAUCAGCGGGUGUUCCUCUUGGUUCCUGUGGUAUCGCAGAAGUAAAAAAGUUCCAGGCAGCUCUUCCUGGUUAUCACCUGAACGUGAUCUCCAGGGAACAUUUAAACGCUAUGAUUUAUUCCGGUCCUGAAGCAGACAAGUGUUUAUACCUGUACCACCACGACAACCAUUACGAUGUCAUCACCAGCAUGCCUGCCUUUCUCGCCCGUAAGCAGUAUUGUCAUAAGUGCAAGAAAGGCUUCGACAAAAUCACCAGUCACCCGUGUGGCGAUCUGUGCAAGCUGUGUCAUACCCAGAACUGUUCCCUUGUUGAAUGGAAAUUUUUCAAAGACUGUAACCGUUUCUUUAAGAGUGACGAAUGCUUCAACCGCCAUAAAGAUGACUCCGGUCCUGCCAAAUCCCUGUGUCGUGCUUUGGUGAAAUGCAAGAAAUGCAAGCGUGUUGUUACUCGUGCCAGUCUUCGUGAUCAUCAUUGUGGCAAAGUCAGAUGUUCCACCUGUCAAAAAUACGUCAAGCCUGAAAACCACCAAUGUUAUCUUCAACCUGUAAAGGCGAAGAAGGCACGAUCAGCUGAAGGAGGAAACGAAUUCCUAGAUGAUGAUGUGGCUGUGGAUAAUGACGUGGACUGGAAGACACCAAAAACCUGAUGUUCUUCGACUUUGAAUGUACGCAGGAUGAUGGUAAACACGUCCCCAAUCUGUGCGUAGUCCAGAACGAAAGCGUUGACGAGAAAGUCUUUUCUGGCCCAAACACUAAAGACGAGUUCUGCACGUGGGUAUUUCAACAGGAAAACGCCAGCACGACGUUUGUCGCGCAUAACUUCCAGGCCUACGACGGAUACUUCAUCCUUCAAUACCUCUACAAGAAUGGUAUCACACCUGAGAAUAUUACUCUUGGCGCAAAAAUCCUUUCUCUCACCGUGUCAGAGAUGAACAUUAAAUUCAUCGAUUCCCUUUGCUUCAUCCCAAUGAAACUCGCCGCCUUCCCGAAAACGUUUGGUCUUAGAGAGCUUCAGAAAGGUUACUUCCCUCAUUUCUUUAACCGUGCUGAGAAUCAAGACUACGUGGAGCCAAUGCCUAAAGCCAAGUUAUACGAUCCUGAUGGCAUGAGCACCGAUGACCGCGAAAAGUUUUAUACAUGUUACAACGAGCAAGUCGAGCGCCAGUACCAGUUCGACUUUCAAGCCGAAAUUCUGCGAUACUGUCAGUCUGAUGUGGACAUUUUGCGUCGUUGUUGUCUCGAGUUCCGCGAACUUUUCAGCCAAAUCACAGAUGUUGACCCUUUCGCCUCUUGUCUCACCAUUGCCUCUUCUUGUAAUCUCGUUUUCCGUAAAACGUUCCUCCAGGAGAACACCAUCGCCGUCAUUCCUCCUUGCGGAUACAAGCCUGAAAACAAACAGUCCGUCAUUGCCUUGAAGAUGCUGGCCUGGGUCGCUCAACGCGAUAAUAUUGCCAUUCGCCACGCCUGCAAUCAUGGAGAGCAGCGCAUUGGCAAGUACCUUGUCGAUGGCUUCAACGUUGAGACGAACACUGUUUGGGAAGUUCAAGGGUGCCUGUGGCAUGGAUGCGAAAGGUGUUACGCCAGAGAUACCGUGAAUCCGAUCAACCUUAUGACCAUGCAAGAUCUUAAGCAGCGAACCCUAGCGAAAAUACAAUUCCUAAAGGACAACAGAUACAACGUCGUAGAGAUUUGGACGUAUGACAUUGAGCGUCAACUUGCUACCGAACCCGAGAUGAAUGAUUUCUUCGACAAUUUUGAAAUAUCUGAGCCUCUGGAACCUCGCCAUGCGUUCUUUGGUGGUCGUACAAACGCCGCACGCCUUUACUACGACAUCCAGCCAGAAGAGAAGAUCCGCUACGUGGAUUUCUGCAGCCUCUAUCCAUGGUAUGUAUCUUGUUAAAAACUUUUAACUCAAACGUACUUGUCGUUAACCUUCUUAAGCAAUUUUUAGGUGUAACAAAUACGGCGAGUAUCCAAUUGGCCAUCCCGAGAUUAUUACUGAGAACUUUCAAUCUAUCAGUGAGUACUUCGGUUUGGUGAAAUGUUCUGUGCUUCCUCCUCGUGCCCUAUACCACCCCGUCCUCCCUUACCGUACUCAGGGUAAAUUGAUGUUCCCGUUAUGUCGUACCUGUGCCGAUAACCUUCAGCAAGAGCCCUGCCAUCACAGUGAUGCCGAGCGAACACUUCAUGGGACGUGGGUGACUUUGGAGCUCGAGAAAGCACUAGAGAAAGGCUACAAACUGGUGAGAGUCGACGAAGUUUGGCACUUUCCCGAGCACACGGAUGGACUGUUUAAGGACUAUAUUGAUACGUUCCUCAAAAUCAAGCAAGAGGUAUGGUUUCAUAACAUGUGUGACACUAUCACACAUCAUUAGUUUAUUAUUAUUUUCUCUUUUCCAGGCGAGUGGCUUUCCUCCGGAAUGUGACACCGACAAGAAGAAGGGGCAGUACAUCGCUGACUACGCCGCAAAAGAAGGUAUUCAGUUGGACCCAAGACAGAUUGUCAAGAAUCCUCGUCUGAGGGCGUUGGCCAAGCUCAUGUUGAAUUCUUUUGGGGUAGGUGCAAUGGCAAAUUGUCCACUAACAGUACUUGUUUUUCCUAGGGAAAUUCAGUAAACAAGUAUAUGUUAAAAACCUAUAAUUUCUUGUAGGAAAGUUUGCGCAACGGCCCAACAUGACCAAGGUCAAAAUCAUAUCAGAUGAUUUGACCUUUGACCUCCUAUCCAGCGACCAGAUUAACGUCACCGACGCGAACUUCAUCAACGACGAGCUCAUCGAAGUCCACUUUGAAAACGUCGACGAAUUCGUGGAAGCCGAUGGAAAGACAAAUUUGGUCAUCGCCGCGUUCACUACAGCCCAAGCUCUAUGGUGUCCUGGAGCAAUUAAAUCGCCGAGUCUUGUAUUUUGACACAGAUUCAGUGAUCUAUGUUUCAAAAGAAGGCGAAUGGGAGCCGCCGACGGGAUCCUGUCUUGGUGAACUAACAGAUGAAUUGGAUGGAGCUCACAUUACCACCUUUGUGUCUGGAGGUCCUAAAAACUACGCCUAUGAGACGAGCACAGACAAAACA